AUGAACUCGAUAUCGCAAUGGUCGGCCCUCAUGGUCCUGCUGUGCAUCACCAUCGCCCACGCCCACACCGUCAUCACCUACCCCGGCUACCGAGGAAAUAACCUCCACACAAACGGCACUGUCGCACAAGCGAAUGGCCUGGGUGUCGCGUGGGACGAGAAAAAUGGAUCGUACAUCUACCCGUACGGCAUGGAAUGGAUCUAUCCAUGCGGUGGUAUGCCUCGAUCCAAUAACCGAACCAAGUGGCCCGUAAAUGGUGGUGCAGUUGCGUUUCAACCGGGAUGGUUCCCUGGCCACAAGACUGCCUUGAUCUACAUCAACUUGGGCCUCGGCGAGAUCCCAGAGAACAUGAGCCACCCCGUCGUGUCGCCCUUCCAGAUCACCGGUCCGACCAAUGACCCAUACCCGGGCACCGUCUGCAUGCCCCAGGUGCCUCUACCGGCCAACAUCAGUGCGAAGAUUGGAGACAAGGCUACGAUCCAGCUGGUCGAGGUUGCGAAGCACGGUGCUGCUCUGUAUAAUUGUGUCGAUAUUGAGUUUGCCGACCCGCACGAUCCAGAAAUCGAUGGCAGUGUCACCCGCGACAACUGCUUCAAUUCCAGUGAUAUCACGUUCCAGUACAUGUACACAACAUCCGGCAUCGGGUCCGGGGCGGCAAUGAUUCAGCCCCCACAGCAUACUCUACUUGCAUUGGUCCCCUUGUUGCUGGCGACUAUUUUCGGUGGUCUUAUGUAG